AUGGAAAAGGUGGAAAACACAGCGUUACCGGCGGGUGCUUCUGCACCACAAGCCAGAAGACGCAGGUCCUGGCAUCUCAGGGCGGCCUGUGUUGCUGGUCUUGUCUUGUUCGCGGGACUCUACCGCCUUCAUUCAAAGCCUCAUCUCCCUCAUCACCCUGAUCAUGACCACGACCAUCGCCAUCGCCAACACGGCCAUGGCCACAAGAGAGCUUCUCCCUAUGGAAAAUUCCCCAAGUCAGAUGAUCCUUUCCACUUCCUUCCAUGCACAAGUGAGACGCUUCCUCCAGCUCUUGACGACAGCCGUCCAGUGCGGAGCUGGUCGAAGCUCUUUGAUCCAAACCCCAACCACUGGAGCUGGGGCAACAAGACGGACGAAGACGCGAAUGCUAUUUCAAAGCACGACCCUUACGCUGGACGCGGCAUCUACUUGUGCGGAUGGCUUGAUGUUCCGCUCGAUUACACCAACGCUUCCGAUCACCGCAUCACUCGACUUGCCGUGACAAAGUAUCAGGUCUCUGGACUCGCCCCUGUUCAUGGCCGCUCCAAGCCCGCCGCUGGCCAUAAGAGCGAGCGAACCAUUGUUGUCGAACCUGGUGGUCCCGGCGGCAGCGGAACGUCUCUGGUCUGGCGAUCCGCUGAAAUCUUCACUGAGCGUCUCAGUGGUGGCGCAUUCGACGUGUUAGGAUGGGAUCCUCGAGGUGUCAACACGACUCUUCCCGCCCUCUCUUGCUUCCCAUUUGACGCCGAUAGAGAUCACUGGUCUCUGCUUGCUGGACAGUAUCGCGAGGUUGUCGGCUCGCCAAGAGCUCAGCUCGAGGUCGCCGAUGCCAUGAACCAGGCAAUCUUCGGUGCCUGCUACAAGACGCACGGUGAUCUGCCUCGGUUCGUCAGCACGGCCUUUGUUGCGCGCGAUUUGGAAGAGAUUCGCAAGGCUCUUGGAGAGGAUGAGCUCACGGCACACAUGAUCUCAUAUGGCACCGGCAUUGGGCAGACAUACGCAAAUAUGUUUCCGUCGAGCGUUGGCAGGAUGAUUUUGGACGGCACCGAGUAUGUCAAAGACCACAGGCUUCUGGGUGGGUUUGGCUUCACUGCUCUGGACAAUGCCACUGAUGCAUGGCACGAUGGCUUCCUUGGGGAGUGCAUCAACGCGGGACCCGAGCAUUGUGACCUGGCGAAGCCAGUUGAUGGCAAAGUUGUCACUCUGGGGAGCCUGGAAUCUCGUAUGGAGACCCUCGUCACUUCCCUCAUUACACGGCCUGUGGUCGGAUAUACAUCCUUCAGCGGCCCAUCCAUCAUCACAUACUCUGCCUUGGUGGGUGCCAUUUAUAGCUCGCUCUAUAAUGCAUUCUCAUGGCCCGCUCUGGCAUCCCUCCUAUACGAGUUGGAAGCUGGAAAUGCCACCCUUGCUUCCGCCAUGCUCGAACAUUCAGCAUGGGAAUACGAUCCUACCCUACCAGCCAUUCCCAACAAGAGACCUUCAACUGACGAGCUGACCUUUUUGGUGAUUUGCUCGGAUGGAUAUGACGCCGCACUGCCCGAGGACGGUCUCGACUGGUGGGAAUCUCUAUGGGCCAACAUGACUGCCAAAUCCUGGAUCUCGGGCAACUCUCGCUUUUUCUCUGUUUUCCCAUGCCAGCGCUUCACAGAGUAUUGGCCCACGCCAGCCGAAGUAUACCGCGGCGACUUGAACGUAACGCUCAAGAACCCCGUCCUUCUCAUCGCGGAAACAUAUGACCCUGCCACGCCGCUGCGAAACGGCCGACGACUGCUCAAUGAAAUGGGUACCAACGCUCGCCUGAUUGCGCACCACGGCUAUGGCCACUCAUCGCGAGACAAGUCCGACUGCACGGAUGCCAUCGCGAAGAACUUCAUCCUGCACGGAGAACUACCUGACGAGCAGGAAACAGCGUGUUACGCGAACGAGAAGCCGUAUCUGUAUGGCGUGGACAAGGGCAAGGCGGGCGAGAAGAAGGAUCCGCUCGCGAUUUGGAGCGAGCACAUCAAGGAGCUGCCAUAUCUCAACCCUCAUCUAGUCUAG